AUGGAUAAAACUGACGAAAAUGCUGCCAAACUUAUGGACAACGAUCUUGAAGACCCAAAUUCAGAGUGUGACAUUGAUCCAAAUAAUCAACAGAUAAACCAAUCGCAUGUUGGUGAUGGUGAUCGUGAUGAUGGUGAUGGUGAUCGUGAUGAUGCUGGUGGUGAUCGUGAUGACGGUGAUGGUGAUCGUGAUGAUGGUGAUGGUGAUCGUGAUGAUGGUGAUGGUGAUCGUGAUGAUGCUGAUGGUGAUUGUGAUGAUGGUGAUCGUGAUGAUAGUGAACGUGAUGAUAGUGAACGUGAUGAUGGUGAUGGUGAUCGUGAUGAUGAUGAUCGUGAUCGUGAUAAUGGCGAGGAUGGCAAUGGUGAUGGUGAGAGUGAUUGUGAUAAUGGCGAGGAUGGUAAUGGUGCUGGUGAUCAACAGGAAGAUAAUGGAUGCGGUGAAAAUCAAAAAAUUGAUGCUGCAGAAGAAACUCCACCAGCUAAUCCUGAUGAUGAAAUGGAAGGAGCUGCCUCCAGUAAACCUUCUGCUGGAAAGUCUGGAGGUGGAAAGUCCGGAGGUGAGAAGUCUGGUGGUAGAAAGUCUACAGGUGGGAAGUCUGGAGGUCAAAAACCUCGAGGUAAAAAGUCUGGAGGUGGAAAGUUUGGAGGUAAAAUGGAUAAAACUGAGAAGCAUGCUGUCCAACUGAUGAAAAACGGUCUUGGAGGCCCAAAUUCAAAGGGUUGUCUUGAUAUGAUUGGUAGGGGCAAAUAUUUACAGAUUUGAAAACACAAUACUGCUUUCAAUUUUUGCUAGAUCCAAAUUAUCGACCGAUAAACCAAUUGCAUAUGGUGUAUCUACAAUUUGUGAAUGGUGCUGGAUGUAUGCAAACCACCGUUAUAUGUCAGUUUUAUCAGCAAAUAGGUAUUAGCCAACGAGGAAUAAGUAAGUAGUUAUGAAUAUUAAGUAUUUGUUUUUUUUAUGUUGAAUUAUUUAGUGUGUGCACAAAGAGCUAUCCAAAGAAUCAAUCAAUUUAAUAAUGGCACAGCUAACUUUAUAAAUUUAAUGGCUCUUCUCUGUUUAAUAGCUCAAAUUUGUUAAGAAAAUCUUAGCAAACCUGAAUAAACUUUUCAAGUUUAAUUAAUGAGCAUUAAGAGUGUUUACUUUUCAAUAACAUUAUGCCAUUUUUGCUUAGGGUGUGGGUGUGGGUGUGCGUGUGAAUGUGGGUGGGUGUGGGUGUGGGUGCACUCUAAAAAAAACGGUUUGUUACCGAACCUAAAAAGGAUCUUAUCCUCAAUACACGGUAAGAUCCUUUUUUGGUUUCGCAAAAAGAAGGUUUCGUGCGAAGACCCUUUGCGAAAAUUCAAAGAAAGGUUUCGUAGUAGUGGUUUCGUACCAAACCUCUCAAAAACUGUUCAAAGAAAAGGUUUCGUAGCAAUGGUUUGGUACCAAACCUAAAAAAAACAAUUUAAAAAAUGUUCCGUACAAGAUGAUUUCCACUAAACGUUCUUCUAAUUGUCCGCCCAGUCAAAAAUUUCAUUUAAUCUGAUGGUGCCGUCCGUGGUAUGCAUACUAUUCGAGUAUAUCUGAAAACCCAAGUAUGGUAUAUAUGUCGCAGUUGGUUAGAGAAUUUAGUUGAGAUUGGAAUUCAUAUAAAUAUAGAAAUAAUAUCUAUAUCUAUAUUUUUAAUUAAUAGGAAAGAAAACAGAAUUGGUAAAUUUAGGAGAUUAUUUCACAUAUAAUAGAUAAAUUAUUCUUUUUUACGAGAGACAAAGUAAAAAUAUGAAUGCUUUAAAAUAUAUUAUUAACUUAAAAGAAUAGUUUAUAUAGAAUAUAAGGGAAAAAUAAUAUGGCGGUUGUUUAUAUUAAUUUGAUUAUUUAUUUAUUUUAUUGAUGAGCGGGACAUGCGGGACAUUGAAAUUUGUAUUAGAUAAAAAUAUACAAUUUUUUUGUCUUAGAAGAUAGAUAGAUUUUAUUUCGAUCAGCGGGACAUGCGGGACAUUGAAAGGAGGGGGGACGGUUUGCACGUAAAACGGCCCUAAAUAAAAAUCAUUUCAGAACACUUUAUAAAAUUGAAUUUCAUCUUCCUCUAAGCACGAAUAAAGCAUCUCGACCUAUUUCACACCAUCUCCAGAGAGCUAUCCUAGACUUUUCCAACUACGACAUAAGCAUUAUCCAGUUCUCAAUCACCCUCAUAGGUCAAUCGGGUUAGUUAACCAAAUCAAACUCAUAUUAUCAGGGGAGAUAGAGCUUUCCAAGAGCUACAAAAUGAUCACAAAUUGUAAAGGAAAAUAUGCUGCCCUCGAGAAUUUCCAAAGAUCACACUGUUUCAGUUCUACAGGAAAUCCCACUGUUGGGAUAGUAUGGUCCAUACAAUCUUGAGUAUCGUUCCUGAUACCACCGUCAUUAUUUGAGUGCAGAUAGAGUUUUUCAAGAGCUACAAAAAUGAUCAUAAAUUGUGAAAUAAAAUAUGUUGUGCUUGAGAAUUUCCAAGGACCAU